AUGGCUGAUCCAAAAGUUACCGGUGUUUACCGAGUUCCUCCUUUCUACUAUCUGCAUGUACUUGAUCAAAAUAAAAAUGUAAGCCGACUUGAAGUUGGCCCACUCACAUUUGUUAAACAAGAUCAUGAAAAAGUCCUCGUUGGGCCAGAACGCAUGAUAAUAAUUCCUCCUCGUCAUUAUUGCGUCGUUGAAAAUCCAGCUGUUCGUGAUAAAAAUGCGAAAGUUGUUAUUGAUUCUAAUGGUCAAGUUAAGUUGUUACAUUCGGAUGUUGAUAUUCGAUUUGCUCAAGAGCCAUUUCCACUCUAUCCUGGUGAAAUACUCAAACAAACUGUAACACCACUGAAAGUUAUUGAGCCUAACUGUGCAUUACGCCUUCGUGCGGUUUUGGAUUUUAUUGAUGAGAAUGAUCAACAGAUACGUGCUGGAGAUGAAUUUCUCUUCUGUGGACCAGGAACUUAUCUGCCACGUAAAGAAGUUAGCGUUGAAGAACAAAUAAAAGCUGUUAUUCUGAAAUCAAACGAAGCUGUUCGAUUACGUGCAAAAAAAGAGAUGGUUGACCGCGAUGGAAUUGCACGCGAAACAGGCGAAGAAUGGCUUAAUCGUACUAUUGGUUCAUACUUACCAUUAGCUUACGAAGAAGUUGUUUCAACAGUUAAAGCCUAUGUACUAACUGACAAAAAAGCUCUUCAUUUACGAGCAUUGGGCACAUUUAUUGAUUCAUUCAAACAUAAACGUCUCAAUGGAGAAGAAUGGCUUGUAUAUGCCUCUGAUGCUGAAACAUAUAUUCCAGAUGUUUUUGAAGAGGUUGUUGGUGUUGUAGCAGUAACUGUAUUAAAUUCUCGUCAAUACGCUGUUAUUAUUGAUCCUGUUGGUUCAGAUGGUAAACCACAACUUGGAAAGAAAAAGCUUGUUAAAGGAGAAACAACAUUCUUUCUUCAACCCGGUGAAAAAUUAGCUAAAGGUAUUCAGGAUGUCUAUGUUCUGGAAGACGAUGAAGGGCUCAUUCUUCGUUGUACUGAAUCAUUUAAAGAAGAUGGAACGGUACUACGUAAUCCCGGUGAUCGUUGGAUGAUCCGAGGGCCCAAAGACUAUAUUCCAGCUGUAGAAUCGGAAGUAGUACUCCGACGUAGAGCUACACCAUUAGAUGUCAACGAAGGUAUUUAUGUUCGAGAUGUUAAAACUGGUAAAGUUCGAUCAGUCAUUGGCACUACAUAUUUAUUGACUGAAAAUGAAGAACUUUGGGAAAAAGAAUUACCCGCCCAAGUUGAACUACUUCUCAAUCAAGAUGCUCGAUGUUUUGAUGAUAAAUCAGCACAAAAAGCAACUAUACCACCAAGAGAUAAAUCGAAAGUAGUUGCCUAUCGAGUUCCACACAAUGCUUGUGUACAAAUUUAUGACUUCAAAUCUAAGAAAGCACGCAUUGUUUUUGGCCCUGAACUUGUUAUGCUCGGGCCAGAUGAGCAAUUCACAAUAUUGAAUUUAUCCGGUGAAAAACCCAAAGUACCAAAUAAAAUUCGAGCUAUUUGCCUUUUAAUGGGACCCGAAUUUUCAAGUGAUAUUGUAACAAUCGAAUCAAGUGAUCAUGCUCGUCUUUCACUCAGACUUUCAUAUAACUGGCAUUUUGAGGUUAAUGAUUGUAAUGAUCAAAAAGAAGUUACAAAACUUUUUUCAGUACCAGAUUUUAUUGGUGAUUUCUGUAAAGCUGUAGCAGCUAAAAUCCGUGGUACUGUUGCUGGUAUUUCAUUCGAUGAUUUUCAUAAGAACUCAGCGAAAAUCAUUCGAACCUCAGUAUUUGGUCUUGAUGAAAAUAAACAUGUGAAAAAAAGACUAGUAUUUCCACAAAAUAGUUUGGUUCUGACAUCGAUUGAUAUUCAAAGUGUUGAACCAGUAGACCAACGAACACGAGAUGCUCUUCAAAAGAGUGUUCAAUUAGCUAUUGAAAUUACAACAAAUUCACAAGAAGCCCAAGCGAAACAUUUAGCUUCACGCACAGAACAAGAAGCAAAGGGUCAUUUAGAACGACAAAAAAUUGCUGAUGAAGCAGAAGCUGAAAAGGAACGACGAAAAUUAUUAGAACUUCAAGCACUGUCAUCUGCUGUUGAAACCACCGGUCAAUCACGUGCUGAAGCUCAAUCAAGAGCAGAAGCAGCUAAAAUCGAAGGUGCAGCUGCCGUUGAUCAAGCUACACUUCGUGCACAAGCGUCAAAGAUUGAAUCUGAUGCUGAACUUAUACGUUUAACACAAGCACGUCAACUUGAAUUACAUUAUUCAACAUCGACGACUAAUUUAGAAAUUGAAAAAGCAAAACGACUAGCCGACAUUGAAAUUUCCGAAUUCAAAGAGCAUGUUGCUGCUAUCGGUCCAAAAACUAUUCAAGCUAUUGCUACUAGCGGACUCGAUAAUCAAGUUAAACUUCUCCAAGCUCUUGGUAUUAAGUCAACUUUGAUCACUGACGGACGCAGUCCAAUUAAUCUUUUCAAUACUGCCGUUGAUUUAGUUGGCGCACCACAAAGACAAUAA